AUAUUAUUAUUUUGUAUGCAGAGGCUAGAAAGUGAAUGAGGAAAUUUCCAAAAGAAAAUUCCCAAAUAAGAUCUUUGUUAAACUAAUUAGGAGGCGGCUUCUCUUUCUUUAUUUCUUUUCUAUUCUUCUUUUUCCCACCUUGUGAUGAUGGCACAUGGAUGACAAAGCAGCAGUCACUGCAUUCUUCUUAUAAAUAGUGAGUUGAGGAGUCAAUUUAGACAUAUCUCAUUCUUAGCAGGUUAGCUGAUUUAGUAGAUCUUUACAAGUAUAGUUUCUUGCUUUCAUUUCUUACUCUUCUGAUUUCUUUCAAUCGGGUGUGGUGGAAAAGGAGAGUAAUUUUGUUUGGUAAGAAGGAAAGGUUGAGAGAACAUGGAGGGAAAGUCUAAAGGGUAUCAAGCCUCCUCUUUCGUUGCCGAUCUUUUUGAUGUCAAGGAGCCGCCAUUGUCAUCCACAUCAGGAGUCUUUGCAGCAAUUUUUUCAUCUCCACAGAAGGGGAGAGGCAGGAAUUCUUCUAGCUCUGGGGAUUGGCUAAAACAAACCAAUGGAAAUCAACCACGCCACACCAGACAAGGAAAUUCAGGGAGUUUGGAGCCGUGUCAUCUGAGUUCAUCUCUAUACUAUGGAGGACAAGAUGGCUACUCCCAGGCCCCAUCAGCUGGACCAUCCCCACCCUCACCCCCCACUAUGAAGAAAAGUGGGGGAGAAGAUGAUCCAAAUGGAAACAACUCUCAACCUGCUUCUAGGGGAAAUUGGUGGCAAGGUUCUCUUUAUUAUUAGAACCGUCUGCCUUGCCUUGGUGGCGCAUGAAUUCCCACCUAUUUUCUAAGGAAUUCAUAAAGCAGCAGAGAAGAUGAAGCUUUGAAGUUGAAUUUACAUUUUACAUUACAUAUUGUGUAUACUAUUUCAAAUUUCUUGUUUGGUUUUUAUUUUCACAUUUCAAAAUGGUUUGGAGUUUCUGUAUUUUCAUUUCUCUGAUCUGUUUUAUAAAAAGCUCUGUUUUAUAAAAAGCUUUGUUGUUUCUUAUAUUUACUGUCUAUGGUGAAAAUACCACAUAAAUAAUCCUUCUAAAGAAUUCCCUAAUAAUGAUAUUUAAGGAUAAAUGCAAAUUAAGUCCUUUGCCUGAGAAUAGAA